GACUGCAGGCUGGAGGGCACUGGUAGCGGGAUUAUUUGCUGGUCCAUCAAUGCUCUUGACAGGACCGAAUACCCAGCACACUAGCCUGGCUAUAUACAUUCUUAUGCGUGCUUCUGUGCUAGCAUCUCGCUGGGGGUUAAAGAGCAAAAGAUUUAGAAAUGUUUGUAAACCUUUGACUUGGUCACAUGGUGAUAUAUUCCUUAUGUGUCUCUCCUCUUCACAAAUAUUUUUUUCAAAGGCAGAUGUUUCGGCUAGUUCACUGGGUGACAAGUACCAAAGAACAAUGCUGUCGGCUUAUCUCGGCCAAGAUGGAAGGUCUGCUUACAUUUUGAAGCAAGACAGUUUGCCAUCAUCAUACAAGUCAUUUCUUAAUAAGCAUGGUGGAAAGAAUGCUGUCAUUCUGCAGGGAGUGAAGGAUAUUGCAUGUAACAUUCCUUUCACCAACUUAGAGGCGAUUGAGAAGUAUUAUAAGAGCUUGGGUGUUGACAUAAAACUAGACCCUCAUAUGAAAGUACCAUGUUCAAUUAUUCAUGGUAAUCAAUCUUGUGUUGGACAUUUCAUUUCUUUCCUUUUACAAGCAUAUAAAAGGGCGUUGCCCGUUUAUCUUCCAGUAUACUUGGUUCCUGCACUUAUAGUUCAUCGUCAAGGCCUCAUGAAAAGGCCGUACACAAUUGUGGGAAAGAGUUUUCUGGGUAUUGCAAGAUCUAGUUUGUUUCUCUCCAUAUACUGUUCAUCAGCCUGGGCUUGGACUUGCCUACUUUUUAGAAUUUUUAAAAGAUGCAAUACUCCAAUGGUUGCAAUGGGAACGUUUCCCAGUGGCCUGGCAUUGCUAAUUGAGAAGAAGAGCAGGAGGAUUGAAAUAUCUUUAUAUUGCCUAGCCCGAGCCAUCGAGAGCUUUUUCGCAUGCAUGGCAGAGGCAGGACUGUGCCCUCCAGCAUCAAAGCUAAAGCGAGCUGAUGUAGCCGUAUUUAGUGUAGCAACAGCCAUCAUCAUGCAUUGCUAUGCACGUGAAAGAGAGGUGUUCCGCUCCAAAUACUUGAACGUGCUUGACUGGGUGUUUGGUGUGCCACCUGCAUCAGAUGAUGAGCAUGAUGAAAAAUGCUGAGAGAAUUUAGGGAAAGUUGGUAGUUCAGCUGAGUUCUGUAAGUUUGUAUUAUGGAUAGUGUGAGCAGUUUUGAUUGCAGAGUAUGAUCCCAGAGUGGCCCCAUUAGUGCCAGCUGGGGAACAGAGAAGCGAGACUUAUUGAUUUUUGUUUGUCUCAGCCUGCUUCCGAGAUUCAGCCAGAUAUCCUUAGUACCUAAGACCUGCCAUACACUAGCCAGAGCAGAACAUUGAUUUUUGAAUUAUGGAAUCCUCAAUUCCGCAGCAUAUAAGAGGCAAAAGUAGUUUGAUUUCCAGCCCUAACCGUAACAUCAGGUUUGGUAUCUAACCCAAUAUAUGUCUUCACAGUUUGUCAAUAAAUGAGAUUUUCUGAUUAGCCAGCCAUCUGAGGGGAUGCUUGACAAAUUAUUAUCUGACCAGAAAGCGGAAAACUCUUGAAGGAGUCCUGCACUCACUUUGGGACCCGCUCCUGUUUGGGAAUUUAGCAAGCAGAAUGAAUAAUGUAUCAAUUUGAGAAUGUGUUUAUUUGUUGCAACUGGAAUUUUGAUUAGGAAAGAAAAUUUUAAUGGAAUUCAGGAAAUAAUGUUAUACUCAUGGACUUCAUUGUAACUACUAUUACAUGAAAAGCAUUACAAUCAGUCAUGGUAACGAUCAACGUUCGCCAAA